AUGGCACAGAACCCACUUUUAAGUCAAUUAACUUCAUACAGCCUGUUCUAUAGGGCCUUUGAUGAUGAUAGUAAAGACGACUGUAGUAGCAAUGGUAAGAGUGCUCAGGAGUUAGGGGUUACAUUAAAGAGCAAACUAGGGCAGUAUUCAAGAGAACCCAAUGAAACGAAGAAAAUUAUGAAUGCCUAUUGUACCGCAUGUGAAAGGAAGCGGUUGGGAAGCUGGGGUGAUGCACCCUGUUAUUUGUUUUAUUAUUGGUUGGGACAUAAUUACUGGAACCCAGGAAAUAGAGAAAAAUUGUCAGACCUUAUGAAUAAAAUUUACAAUGCGCUAGGGGCACAUUUCAAGGGAAAGAAGUGCGAAGUUAAAUACGAGGAGGUUGAUAGGAAACUUCUCAAUAAUAGGAAAACAAUAUUCGAAUAUUAUAACGAUUAUAAUAAGAUAGAAGGGGAUUUACUUAAUAGUAACCCAGAUUGUAGUAAUGACCAAUGGUCGGGUUACCGGGAGGACGUUAUAGAAGCAUGUAAGGAUGUACAAAAUGAUUGCAAAGUAAGGAACAAGAAAUCAGAUGACCAAUAUUGUAACGACUUCAAGGAUAAAUAUGACGCAUAUUGUGAUAUAGCGAACCUAUUACAAUGGACAUGUACUAAAAUAUCUACGUUGGAAAAAGGAACAAUAAAAGAGAAGGAUACAGAAAUUGACCGCCUGAGGGAACAAUUACAGGGCCAACGGGAACGCGUAUCAAAACUGGAGCAGGAAGCAGCUGCAGCACAAACAGCAGCAUCCUUAGCAAAAGACGAAGCUGUUCGUUCUGCUACCACCACCUCUUCCAUCUCAUCUAUCAUUGGCACCUUAGCAACCAUAGGUGCCCCUUUCUUAUUAUACAAAUAUAAACCAUGGUCUUCUUGGUUUAGUAAGCACACUUCUGGAAAUGGAGCAAGGAGCAACAGAAGAAGGAGAAGAUCUGCCACGGGCAAUAUUGAUGCAUUCACAGAAAGUACCUCAACAUAUGAUUCGACGGACACGUCCACAAUAGAUGGAACAUAUUUUGCUUCUUUUGGUAAGAGAAGAAAACGUUACAGAAGAGCUUAUCAAGUACGUGGUCCUCCAGCUUUGGAAGAACAACUCCUUGAUCCUGUGGACGACCAGGAUGAUGCUGCACAUGCAUAUACCUUAGUAAAGCAGCGAAAACCAAGAUCAACACCAAAGAGAAGGAUGAAAAAACGGGUUCCUGGUCGUCGUGGUGGUGUAUGUCGCCGCAUGAUUAUUGAUAUUCAUUUAGACGUCUUAAAGGAAUGUCAAAAAGGGGACCUACAUUCGACGAAGGAAGACUUUUUUGAAAUAUUGGUUCAAGAAUUUAUGGGAAGUGAAUUUAUGAACGAAGAAAAUGUUCCUAUGGAAGAAGUUCCUGAGAAACAGGUUCCAAGUUCAGAUUUCGGAUUUAGGGAAGAGGACUUUGUUCUUAAGGAAAAAUGUUCCUAA